AACGAUUUCAAACGAAGAUCGGAUUGUGAGUGCCGUUUCUGACGAGCGAGAACGCGUCUUGUGAUCCUAGCCAUUCCUCGGAUCCGACAUAUGGCCGUUCCUGUCAUUUUAAAUUUGAGUUAAACUGUAUUGCACGACAGCUGCAUCGAUAGGAGUUCGUGCAAGUUUAACGCGAUCUUUCUCAAUGGAAUGUGUCAACAUCACACGCUACCAUGAUCGGGAAUUCUGUAAACGUACGCCGUGGGAGAAUGGUACUGUCCGAUCUAGAUCAGAUCAAGAAAAACGAACGUGAUCGUCGACGAAGGUUACGCCAGGAACAGGUUCGGCAGCAGUCAAAGGAAAUAUCAAAUCGAAUUUUAGAGCGCGCUAAUAAGAUAAAGAGGGAAGAACUUAGCAAAUUGGAGAAAGAUGGGAAGUCAGAACUCAGGCAAAUGCACAAUAGAAAAAUUAUGGACAUACAGCGAAAGUAUCAGGAAGAUUUGGAAGACAUCGGUCAAGCUCACAUCUCUGCUGCUUUGCAAACAGACGCAGACGCGAUAAUAGAAGAAGAGGCAAGGAAAAAUAGAAUUAUGGCUUUCAAAAGAGGGAAGGAUGCUGCGGAGCGCAUGAAGGAAGCAAAGCAGAUAGAAGAUGCAGAAGCAGCUCAUCAAGAAAGAUUACGUAAAGUACGGGAAACAGAAAAUGUAAGGGCCGCGAUGAUAGCCAAACUUCCGAAGCCACCGUUCUCUGAGGAAAACGACGAAGCGGAAAGAAAUCCUUCUCAAAGUGCAAAUAAAGAAUCUAUGCACGAAGCAUUAACUCCGAAGAGAAAAAACAAAAAAGUUUUUCCAAAAAAAACACCCAGAAGGGCAAGAAAGCCUAAUCUAAAGGAACAUCAGAAAGCAUCAUCACCAAAACCAGGUCCUUCAGGAUUACAAAUGAAAUCUACUGAACAAUUUCACAAGUUGUCUUCGAGGAAGAAAGCAGAUCAAUACAUAUCUGAUCGUAUAGAACAUGAUGAUACAAGUGAUGAUCAGAUGCCACGUAGGACAGUGCCAACCAUGAGCACUGUACCAAUUAUACCUGACAAAACAGCAGGGUACAAUCCGGAAGAUUACACGCAAGAAACAUCUGAUAACACAAGCAGUGUCAGUAGUAGUUCUAGUUCAAGUAGCGACGAUUCGUCAUAUUUUUCCGAUGCUGUAGAACAAAUUACAAAUUGUAGUAAGACUCCGAGAACUUCAGUUUUAAUAGAAAAUAAAGUACGCUCGCAAUAUGGUCACAAUAUGCAUCAAAAACGUAUCUCUGAGCGACCUCUUGUUAUGGUUGAAAGAGUCGAUAUUAGAAAUGAGCCAAGUGCAAUGGAAGUGGCGCAAGCGAUGAAAACCGCAGAGAAUGUAAAAACACAUGUAUCCAAAAGUCUUAAAUCGAAUGCCCGACGUCGUGGUGAAGAUGCGCUUUUGCGGGAGAAAGUACGAAGAGAUUAUCAGGUGCUUCUGCAAAAUUUAGAUCAUCUUGCGCAGGAAGAACGCAAGCUGAAAGCUAGUCAAAUUCCAUCCGCGGAGGAAGACACGUAUAUGCGAUUGCAUCAGAGAACUAAGUGCCAAGAGGAACAUCAAAAGAAGUUGAACCGUACAGUUAAAAAGGUUCUCUGUACAGACGGUGCACCGACUCGGUGCACUCGUCUCACAGAAAGAGUUAUUACUUUACCUAUGCAGAAAAGAGAAAGUGAUGUACCUCAUUCCACAUGGCAAGAUCCUCAUCUCACUGAGGAGCGGGCAGAUGUUUGUUAUACACCUCAGGAUAAAGAUAGCGAGAUUCCAUCCCGCGAAGAACAAAUAUUGGAUAUGUUGAAAAAAGUUGAAAGACAAAAAAGAUUGUUAUUACAAGAGUUUGGCGCCAGUUUACCAGAUAAUAUAUUUAAUGUCAGCAUGAAACCGCUCUUUGAGUCUAAAACGCCGACGAAAGUCGCUUGUACCACCAAGCCCUUGUCACCUGAAAUUAAAGUUAUAAAUAUGUCUAGCAGCGAAGAAUGCGUCAGAAAGAAUUGCAAGGCGAAAAAUUACGAAAAAUCACCUGUAAAAAAAAUUGAGAUUGCUGUACAGACAGCACCAGAAGAGAAAACUGGUUCAGCAGAGAAUAAAGGUAUACAAGUGGAAUUACCUCAAAAGGACGUGCAUAUGCUACAUUCCAAUACAAGAGACACAACUACACGAGUACCUCAUCCGAUUGAACCAAUAGUUACUAUCAUUACACCAGAGGCAAACGAUAGCAACAGUAAUAACAAUGGUAAUAAUAAUAACAAUAACAGCAAUGGUAGCAAUGAUUCAACAAGCUCUGAAAUUAGUGACAUGAUUAUUGAAGUUGGCAAGAAAGAAGUAAUUGUAACACCUAAAAGAAGGAAAAAUAGCGUGAGAGUAUCUAAACGACCAUCACCUCGAAUUUAUCAAAAGAUCCGCUCAACGUCCGUUAGUUCUAAAGGGACGUCGCCCAUGAAAAGAUUCUCAAAAUCUCAGUCAGGCACUCGUCUGACUCCUCAAAAAAAGACGAGGUGUUCGGAUGCGCCGGAUACAGUUACUAGAAGAAUUGAUGUACACGUGAGCAGAUCUGCUCAAGUCGGCGAUGAGUCGGAUCCGUCACAGGAAACGAGAGUAUCGAUAGAUGCCAGCGCGGAAAGCUCACAAACCCUUUCAGGCGUGAAUGAUGAAGAUCAAGCUUCGGGUAAACCAUAUCGGGUUCGGAGCAAAAUGAAAAGGUGGAUUCGAAUGAAAGACACUUCGGACACAUCAACGUCAUUUGCAAGUCCACCGCCGAUAAAACCUAGAUCAGCGUUUGAAGCUCUGCCUAACGUCACGCCGAUUUUAGAAUUGUUAGACACUCCAAGACUUGAAGAAUUAAGAAGAUUACAACGGGAUGUCAGUCCUGUUUCCACACCGGAAACUCCUUCGCCGCGUACGAUGAGGAUGCCAUCGAACAUUCCACACCGUGAGAGGAUUAGCAGGAUGCUUAGAUUUAGCUUCAAUGAUUCUCAAACUAAUGACAGCGCUGUGAUAUCGACGCAAGACCAGUCUACGUUAACAGAUCCAUCAGAUAUUUGUCAGAAAUCUGAAACGUCGAGACGUAUAUCUGCUGCUUCACAACAGCAAUCCGAAUUCUGUAUGUGCAAAAAUCCCGAAUGUAAAUUAUUACAUAUGAAACUUGAUGAUAUUCACGAUUAUGCUUUGAAAAAUUGUCCCGAAAUAUUGCAAAAAUACGAAGAGCUACAAAACUUGUGUUCGGAAAGAAUAGCAUCUUUAACUGACCUCAUUGAAAAAGUACGAAAUGAACAAAAAGAUAUUGAUUUUUCGCUAAUUAGUCCAAGCGAUGAAACUAGCUUAAUGCAAUUAUCUACACCGAAACCAGCACGUAACGAUGCGCAAGCAGUACGUAGAAUGAUUGAUAGUAUAGAAGCGAUUCAUGCCCAACUUGCAAAAACUCUUCUUGAGUCGCAAAGAAUACGAGGAAACGAAGCAGUUUCAAAGGAUGAAACUUCGUGUGAUGCGGAAAUCCAGGCGAUCACUUCUACACCCAGAAGUAAAUUAGUAGAUACUGUUAAGGCACAGGGAUCCAAAGUAGUAGAAGGCAAAGCUAAGCCAAAAAUUAUAAACAAUGAAAAAGUUAAUAUACAGCUUAACCGAUUUAAAAUGCAGCAAAAACCUCAAGCAACGCCAGCAACGAAAACAAUGGAGCGUAACUCUUGGCCCCCGUGUACACUUUCUCUUCACGAAGAAGAGAUCAUAGAGAAAUUGUCGAAAGAAAUUUUGGAGCAGAGUAAAAACUUGGACAAAACAAACACCGCCUUGGCAGCUUUGAAAGAAAAUGAUGAAAUACAGCAUAAAGUGUCGUCUUUUAACGAUUUUAAUCUAAAACAGAGUGCCUUAGAACAUGAAAAGGAUAAUAGCAUAACAAAGGACUUUAGUUCUAUUCCAGAGACGGCGAAAGAAAAUGAUUUUAUUCCUAUAUUAACGGGCAUUCCAAAAAUAUUGCGCAAUCAUGGAAAUGUAAUGUCAAUAAACACAAGGCCUAAACCUCCCAUUACAUUGUUAAAUGGACUGUACAGACCAGAAUUAGAAUCAUCAGGACAUGAAUUAUCAACAAUAGUGGAAUUUGAUACAACAGAUACAGCUAAUAAAAGCAGCAAAAGUCCAGCAAAAUGUAAACCAUCUGUUCACGUGGCUCCUUUACCCUUUCAACAGAACCAACAUAUCUCAAAGAUAUCAGCAGAUUCGUCAUCUGGUAUAAAACAUUCCACUGAAAAGUUAAAUUUUGCACAGAAAUCACAAGAAACUACGAUUUACAAUUCUCCUGAAAAGUUAAAAAGUAUGACUGAUUGUAUUACGGAAACAAAAAUUGAGGCUGAACGGGAGUACAUGCUCGAAAAAAGUAAUAAACAGUUACAAUGUAAUACAACAAUCGAAGAACCCGUUUCUCAAGCAAAGGAUAAACUUGGUUCUUCUAUGAGUACUGAUCUUAAUAAUCCACUUAAGGACAGUAAACAUAAAACGACGUCUACUAGUGCGUACAGUUUUUCUGGGUUAUCUGGUAUUUCCGAAAUAACGAGUUCUCCAUCAUCAGACAUGUUAAAGCAUACUUCAUCUCCAGAAGAAAUGGAAACUGCUUUGAAAAAACUGGGUUUAGGUUGGGCAGUUACGACGCUAAAGAAAACUCGAGAAGCAAGUGCUCUUAGUUCCUCUUCAAAUUCGGAUGUUACACCAAUAAAUACAGCGAGAAGGAUGAUUUCUCCCACUAAAAAACAUCAUGAUUCGAAUGGCUUUCCGGAUAUCAGUGACGUAUCAUCGAUAUCGAUUAAAGAAGCUAGUAAAAGUACCGAGCAAGCUGUGCUCUUAAAAGGAAGGACUUCCACGCCUAAAUUCCAAAAUUCGAAUUCCAAUAGUGAAAGGUCUAGUACUACAAAUACAUCUGAAAGCAUUCAAGAUCCAAGUGACAGUUUAACUGUACCUAAUGUGUCACUUACAAAGACAAAAUCUGAUAAUAAGCAAUUACAAAGUCCUUGACAGAAAGUGUUUUAUAUGUAUAAUUUUAUUGUUUACUUAUUUAAAGAUAUAUACUAUUAUAUUUGAUUUUUUAUGGGGAAUAGUUAUAAAAUAGGAUAUUCUCAAUGUGGGACCAUUUUUGAACAUUGACAUAUAAAUACAUUUUUAUCUUAAUCAAUAUACGCGCACGAUUGCUAUAACAAGUAGUGCGGUCAUACUUUUACUGUGAAUAAUUCAAGAAAGAAAGAGAUAAAAGAGAACUAUACAUUAUUUUUUAAUAUUACAAGAGUCAUUGGGAUUUUAACUAUGGGAUUUUAACUUUCCACGCAUUCCACGUCAAUGUUCACACUACAUUCUCAAAUAUGAGUGUGUAGUGUGAACAUAGAUGUGGAAUAUCUUUAUUGAGGCAGCCAUAGUUAAAAUCCUAAUAAAAUAUUAAACCCACAGAUAUCUAUCUAACAAGAUAAACCGCAAUCAAUACAUUAUCUGGAUUGCGCUAACUAUAACAAG